CCACCCUCCGAUUUGCCCAGCCCGCCAAGUGCUCCAAAAAUCAAGCGCCCCGCACAUCUUUCAAUAAUGAUGAGCCGAAGCGGCCUCGAACGCGAACGGGUUUCUCAUGCCUGAUUCUAAGACAGAUGCGGUGAACGAACGCCGAUCCACUGGCAGUGCCCCUCUGUUCAGCGAACUUGAGCUCCUUUCCUUCAUCGCCGCUCCGCUGUCUUCACCGUGAAUUGUGCCUCGGGGGCGAUCGGCUACCCUAAAGACAUUGCAAGGAACCCGCCGCCGCCCUGUCCACCAUGUCCCAUUACAGGACCGUCUCUGUAAAGGAGGAGGACGUGCAUGAUAUGUCCCCCAUCCCUUCCCGCAGCGCGAGGCCUGUGAGCCACUGGAUGGAGGACGACCUGAUAGACAUGUAUCGGACGAACUCUGCGGAAUCCGAGCUGGAUUCCGACCCGCCCAACCUCUCCACCGACAAAAUCACCGCUGCGCUGUCCACCCCGCCGCGCUCUCCCGUGACACGACAGGCGAUGAUGCAGCCCCGCCAACGCCGGCGGCGGCGUCGGAAGUGCCUUAUCACCCUCGGCGUGCUGAGCGUCGUCGUCCUCGCCGUCGUCAUCCCCGUCGUUUUGUCCCUCACGCACAAGACCUCUCAUUCCAGCAGCAGCAACUCGACGCACGCUACCCCGCGGGGGCCCACGACCGGUACCACGGGCAGCCUGAUCACCAUGGACGACGGGACGCAGUUCACGUAUACGAAUGCGUUCGGGGGCGACUGGGCGGAGGACCCGACGAAGCCGUUCAGUCUCGGCGGCAAGGCGCAGGAGUGGAGCCCGCGCGUCGGCACGGAGGAGUGGGUCUGGGGCAAGCAUGUUGCGCGGGGCGUCAAUCUCGGCGGAUGGCUGGUGACGGAGCCGUUCAUCACGCCCGCGUUGUACGAGAAGUACGUGAACAACUCGGCGGGGAUCGUAGUUGUUGAUGAGUGGACGCUGUGUCUGGCGAUGGGCACCAACAUGGCCCCGGAGCUCAUCAACCACUACAAGACGUUCAUUACGGAACAAGAUUUCGCUAACAUUGCCGCCGCGGGGCUGAACUGGGUGCGGAUACCGAUUGGGUUCUGGGUCAUCGAAGCUAUCAACGACGAACCUUUUCUGGUCGGAACGUCGUGGACGUACUUUCUGAAAGCGAUACAAUGGGCGCGAAAGUACGGCAUCAGGAUCUACAUGGAUUUGCACGCGCUUCCCGGUAGUCAGAAUGGCUGGAACCACUCAGGGAAAGCCGGUUCUAUAAACUUCAUGGUUGGUUGAGAAGUGACACACCCCUCCAUAAUCUCACGCCUACUAGAACGGUGUCAUGGGCAUAGCCAACGCCCAGCGAACCUUGACCUACCUCCGCAUUCUGACAGAGUUUGCAAGUCAAGAGCAGUACCAUGACGUGAUUGGCGUGAUCGGCAUCGUCAAUGAGAUUCUGUAUAGUACGAUCGGCAAGCAGUCAAUCCAGAGCUUCUAUAUGGCAGCGUACCAGGCCAUUCGGAAAUCGACCGGUGUCGGUGCUGGACGAGGCCCCUAUAUCGCCAUCCACGAAGCCUUUCAAGGGCCUGCAAUAUGGGAGGGCUUUCUCUCUGGUGCCGAUCGCCUAGCUCUCGAUCAACAUCCGUAUCUCGCAUUCACGUACGAUUAUGUCAGCACCAUAGAUCAGAUGGCAGUCAAGCCUUGUUCAUGGGCGGUUGCGACAAAUCAAUCUUCCAAAGCCUUUGGUGUGACACUGGGCGGCGAGUUCUCGUCUGCGAUCAACGACUGUGGGUACUGGCUGAAUGGGAUCGGAUCCAAGCCUGGCGCACCGGACUGCAGCACGAUUGACAACUGGGCGGCCUACAACGCGACCUUCGUGCAGAGCCUCAAACAGGUGACACUGGCGACGAUGGAUGCGUUGCAGAACUUUUGGUUUUGGACAUGGAAGAUCGGGAACUCGACGGUGUUGGGGACGUCGUCGAACCCGUUGUGGCACUAUCAGCUAGGAUUGGAGAAAGGGUGGAUACCAGCAGACCCCCGUGAGGCCAUCGGUCAUUGCGCAUCGGUUCUCGCUUCCUCACAAACGUUCGAUGGAACGUAUGCGUCCUCUGCUACCGGAUUUGGCCCAGCGACGCUUGACCCCGGCCAGACGACAUCCUAUGUCUUUCCCCCGACCACGCUAUCACCCUCGUUUGCUCCGACGAUGAUUGGCUUGCUUCCGACCUACACGGCCACAGGAAAGCUGACGACGCUUUUUGCGCCGACGUUUACCGCUGCGCCGACGGCUGCGGUGGGGAUUGGAUGGAACAACAGCGCGGACACGCAGCUGGCUUUUGUCGCUGUUGCGGGUUGCACUUAUCCAAAUCCUUGGAAUGCAGUCAAUGCUAGUGUGCCAACAGCCACUUGUACCGGAUAGAAUCGGGAUGGGACUUUUAUUAUAUUCGGAACCGGUCCCGGUAUUUUUUGUAGAUAUUAUGUUGAUGUAUGUACUAGAAUUGUGCGAGGAGCCACCAGCCACUCGGAGAACCACAAGGUAUCUUAUCUUAUCUCUCAUCUAAUCUCUGACGAGCGGUUGAUGGCCGCGGCCUGCCAAGUGCCCUUGCACUUUGACGGCCACAUACUAAUUUGAGCCUGCCUGUUCUCGCUCGUGCUUGGAAUAGCUCACCCAGAGAACAAUGUCCGCAACUCGUGCUACGAUCCUCCUCUCCCUCCUCGGCUUGACCUCAGCGUUCUCCCUCCCCCAAGUCCCACUCAAGCCCCAUCACCGUCCAGCCGAUCUUCCACACUCGAUGCCCUCGCAUUCGUUCUGGACGCACUCCCCCGGCGCUAAUCCACUCGCCGGGGAAGGCAGCACGGGGCUGCUUACCAGCGAGGCGGACGUGUGCAUCAUCGGAUCGGGCAUUACGGGUGUGUCGACUGCGUAUCAUCUCGCGCGGGCUGUGGAGCAGGGGUCCGUCGACAAGGGCCUCCGCGCCGUUGUGCUUGAAGCGCGCGAUUUCUGCUCGGGUGCAACAGGACGCAACGGGGGCAACCUCACGCCGUACGAGGUCGCACACUUCCGAGAUGUGGAGAGCCGGUUCGGCACGGAGGAAGCGCUGCGGCAGUACGCGCUAGAGCACCACACCUCCGCGGCAAUGGCGCGGGUGGCGCGCGAGGGCGGAUGGGCUGACGCGGUCGACUUCGUCGAGGGCGGGCACGUGGAUGUGUACAUGACGGAGAAGCAUCUGGCGCAGGUCCGCGCCGAUAGUGCUGCGGCUGUGAAGGCGGGAAGGAAGGUGAAUGUGACCUGGAUGGGGAGGGAGGAGAUGAAUGCCACUUAUGGCACAUACCACUGGGGCGCGCAAACUCCGGGAUAUAAUCUGUGGCCGCUGAAAUUCGUCACGCAGCUGUUCAAGGAAGCGAAAGCGAUGUCUCCCGACCUCGGUCUUCGGUUACAUACACGCACUCCCGUUCUCAGUGUUAGUCAGUCCCGAUCUACUUCCCGCCGAUGGGAGCUUUCGACGCCGCGAGGGUCCGUCGGCUGCUCCUAUGUGGUGUACGCAACGAACGCUUACACGUCCCAUCUUCUCCCGCACAUGGCUGGCACGGGUCCGCAGGGGAUCAUGCCCGUCCGGGGCCAGGUGAUCGCCACGCGCGCGGCGGUCAGCCUCGAGGAUCUGACCAAGGUGUCCUGGAUCGGCAACUCGGGGUAUUGGUUCCCGCGGCCGGCCACGGACGAGAACCCGUUGGUCAUUCUGGGCGGUGCGAGAGAGGACGCAGGCCCACCGUUCGAAGUCGACACGACCGAUGAUAGCGUUGUGAAUCAUGUUGUCGGGGAAACGCUGCGGGCGUUCCUUCCUGAAAUGUUUCCCUCCAAGUAUCAAGUCGGGCGCGAACCAGAAGCAGAAUGGACUGGGAUCAUGGGCUACACCGCACUGGAUAUCCCGUUUGUAGGGCCAGUACUGGAUCAGCACGGCUCGGGCCAAUCCCACUCUGGCCAGUUCAUAUCGGCGGGGUAUGCUGGGCAUGGCAUGCCCCGGGCAUACGGCUGUGCACAGGUCGUGGUCGACAUGCUUGUCUCGGAGCUGCAGGGAGAAAAGUUCGAGGUGGAAAUGCUGCCAGAAUGGUUCCCCAGAUCAUUCCUGACCGCUAAUCGCUUUUAACGAACACCUCGAUACUAACACUGAAUCAAAUGAUUUCUGAUUAUAGAUGUACACACUAAGAGAAAUUAGGUUUAGUAGCUACAGUAUUUGACUUGAAAUCCAGUCGAUUACACAACGAGAACAGCCCGGUAUCUGAUUUUGCCGUCCCUCAAGCGAGACAUGCCCUCCUCGACGCCCUCCUUAGUCAUCGAGAACUUUUCGAUAAUCGGCUCGAUGUGGUUGCGCGCAGCAAAGUCAAGCAUGCGGCGGUGGACAGAGCGGCCAGCGACAGUCGAGCCCUGGAUGUUGAUCCCACCCAGGAUGAGGGGAAGACUGGGGAUGGACAAGUUGUCCUGGCUGACCGUCAGCGGGUAGAUCGUGCCCUUGGGCUUCAUCACCGCAAUGUACGGUGCCCAGGAGGGAAUGUAGCUGGUCGUCACGAUCAGGUGGUCCAGCGGCCGCACGUUCUCGAACUUCGACACGUCCUUGGUCGAGUGGAACUCCGACGCGCCCAGCCGCGCGGCCUCCUCCCGCUUCGACUCGGAGCUCGAGAAGACGACGACCUCCGCGCCCAUCUUCGCAGCGAACAUCACGGCCAGGUGGCCCAGGCCGCCGAUCCCGACGACGCCGACGCGCUGCGUGGGCCGGAUGCCGUAGCUGUCGAGGACCUCGAACACGGUCGCGCCGCCGCACAUCAGCGGAGCCGCGUGCUCAGGGGCCAGGUUUGCUGGAAUCUGGAACAGGAAGGGCUCCUCCCAGACGGCAUACGUGCCGAACGAGCCCUGGUCGAAGCUGUGCGUGCCGUACAUCUCGUGGGCGGUGCAGUACUGGUCCUGCCCUGCAAGCGCGUCAGCUGGGAGUCCAACAGGGCCGGACGACGAGCAAGGCAACACAACACACCCUGCAGACAGUGCUCGCAUUUCCCGCACGUCUUGUGAAUGUAGCCCCAUCCGACUAUGUCGCCGACGCGCAGCGAGGACACGUCCGAUCCGACCUGCUCAACGACACCCACGCCCUCGUGUCCGAGCGCCAUGUCGGCGUGCUUGUAGUGCUCGUCGGUGCCGCAGAUGCCGGAGUGCGUGAUGCGGACCAGGACUUGGAUCCCGGUUGGCACAGGACGAGAGCUCGUUGCUUGGACGAUGCCAUCGGCUUUCGAGCCCUUGAAGACGGUGAAUUCGACGCUCAUAGCAGUAGUAGUGAUGGCGGAGGAGGCGUUGAUGGUGGAAGUGAUUCUUGUUGGAAUUCUCGGAGACGUCGCUGCAUUUUAUAGUCGAUUCGCAACCCAGGCGACUUGGCAAAGCGCAUGUUCUGUGGGCGUUCGUUGCUGAAAGAGCAAUUACUAAAAUUGUCGGCUGCCAGUCAAUCCAACCCAUGAUGUCA